AUGGCCUCCAAAAAACCAUCCAUCCUCCCGGCAGACAUCAUGGAGUCCCAAUUGUCCACGAUCGACCUCUUAACAGCCAUGUUCCCAUCGCCAGGCGAGCUGGAAAUCCCCGAAUCCACCACGCAGUGCGUCGAGAGACUCCGAGCCUGGUGCCAAGACCCGGCCUCCCCACCUGGCCAGGUGCCGGCCAGUAUGUCUCUCGUCGUAUGUUUGCCAAUUGCAGACGGCGACAAGAGUAUCCAAGUCAACAUUUCCGUUCCGCUGCAAUGCGAGGACUCGGACACAAUAGACCAGCCACCGUCACUGGGCUAUUCGCUUCGACAACCAGACUGGAUGUCCAAAGCCGAGGUGGCCGGACUGGCGGCUCUCAUCCCGCAGGGUGAUGUUCUCGAGGCCUUUGAAUGCAUCCAAGCAGAGGCUGCCCGGUUUCUGGAAAACAAGCAGCGCCAGGCGGAGAUUUCAGAGGAGACGGACCCACGGACGGGUUCAAGUUCCCGGGGUCCGGUCGUCAGGGUCUGGUUCUAUUUCCCAUCUCUGUCAACCCGGAAAAAGAGAGAUGAUAUGGUCAAUCUCGCUCCGGGAUAUUCCCUGACGGGCUUCGUGCUGGCGGGUAAACCGGGCGUGUUGUGUCUUGAGGGCGCGUCGUCGGAUAUCGAUGCUUAUAUGAGCUUUAUCAAGACACAUUCGUGGGGCGAUAUCCCUAGCCAUCAGAAAAAGGUUAGCGAGAGAUUUCGAGAGACUGAGGGGGUUCGGCGGGUGUUUUCGGGCAUGGAGGAAAUCACGGAUUCGCUAGGGGAGCGAGGAGGGCAGAGGGCUAAUCGGGGUGAUAUGCAGGCACUCGAGGUGUGGUUGGGGUCUAAAGGGCUGCAAGAGGCAUUUGAGCAGGUGAUAUUUUAG